AUGCAGAGCCUCCAAAGAACCGUGUCGGACUUCUCCUUCCACCUCACCACCAAGGAAGCAGCAGCAACGGGCAAGCAGCUUCCGGCGAUAGGAGAGGCGGCGGCGGCGGCGGCUGUGUUGGAGGAAGGGGAGGAGGAGUUGGCCAAGUGCGAGUGCUGCGGGAUGGCGGAGGAGUUCACGCCGCAGUACGUGAAGCGGGUGAGAGACAAGUUCAUGGGGAAGAUGGUGUGCGGGAUGUGCGCGGAGGCGAUCGGGAGGGAGGCGGAGAAGAACGGCGGCGAGAGGGAGGCGGCCGUGAAGGACCACAUGAAGGCCUGCGCUAGGUUUAACGGGCUGGGGAGGAAGUACCCGGUGCUCUACCAGGCCGAUGCGGUGAAGGAGAUACUCAAGAAGAAGCGCAGCCAGGCCGGAAAGGCCGCCGCCGGCGGCGGUGGUGGUGGUGGUGGGCUUGCUAGGAGCUCCAGCUGCAUGCCGGCCAUCGCUAGGGAUCUCGCGGCGGCGGGCGGCCAGCGGCGGCAGUAA